CAGUUGGGACCCGUAGGGAGAGGCGGGUAGCGGGCGACGGCGGCGGCGACUGUGGCGAGUCUGCGCGGCCGGGCGCACGGGACCUGCCCUGCAGCGGCUCUCAGAGGCCGAGGGUCGUCGCUACAGCUGCCGGGAAAGGAGGAAACGAAGACUCCGGGGGCGAACUUGGCACACCGGGAGGAAGGGAAAGGAUGCAUGGUCAUGGAGGCUAUGAUUCUGAUUUUAGUGAUGAUGAACACUGUGUAGAAUCCAGCAAAAGGAGAAAAAGGACAGUUGAAGAUGACUUACUGCUCCAAAAACCAUUUCAGAAAGAAAAACAUGGAAAGGUGGCCCAUAAACAAGUUGCGGCAGAAUUGCUGGAUAGGGAAGAAGCAAGAAAUAGAAGGUUUCAUCUCAUAGCUAUGGAUGCUUAUCAAAGACACACAAAGUUUGUAAAUGACUAUAUUUUAUACUAUGGUGGCAAAAGAGAAGACUUCAAGCGUUUGGGGGAAAAUGACAAGACAGACUUGGAUGUUAUACGAGAAAAUCACAGAUUCCUAUGGAAUGAGGAGGACGAAAUGGACAUGACUUGGGAGAAGAGACUUGCUAAGAAAUACUAUGAUAAAUUAUUUAAGGAAUACUGCAUAGCAGAUCUCAGUAAAUAUAAAGAAAAUAAGUUUGGAUUUAGGUGGCGAGUAGAAAAAGAAGUCAUUUCAGGAAAAGGUCAAUUUGUCUGUGGAAAUAAACAUUGUGAUAAAAAGGAAGGCUUAAAGAGUUGGGAAGUUAAUUUUGGUUAUACUGAGCAUGGUGAAAAGAGAAAUGCACUCGUUAAAUUAAGAUUAUGCCAAGAAUGUUCCAUUAAAUUAAAUUUUCAUCACAGGAGAAAAGAAAUCAAGUCAAAGAAAAGAAAAGAUAAAACCAAAAAAGAUAGCGAAGAGUCAUCACAUAAAAAAUCCAGAUUAUCUUCUGCAGAAGAGGUUUCCAAGAAAAAAGAUAAAGGGCAUUCAUCUUCAAAGAAAUCAGAAGAUUCUCUAAAUAGAAACUCUGAUAAGGAAGAAAAUACUUCAGAAUCUGAACUUUGGAAGGGUCCACUACCAGAGACAGAUGAAAAAUCACAAGAAGAAGAAUUCGAUGAGUAUUUUCAGGACUUGUUUCUGUGAGACGAGAGAAAGAAGCCUCUGCUCCUUAAUGUGAAACGUUAUAAAGUUUUAAACUUCAGACACUUUGAAAUUUUAUGUAAGUUUUUAUCUGCAAAUUACAGCUUGUGUGGUUUGUCUUUAGAAAUAAAAAUCCAGGUUCUCUCA